AUGGAAAGAGUGAAAAAUCUAAGACUCAUCUUUCUAGAAGCACUGGAAAAUCUCUUGGCAGAAGAAUUUGACAGAUUUAAAUAUGCAUUAACAUGUAUCGAGUGUGAUGGAGGAGGGAAAAUCCCCAAGUGUCGGCUGGAGGAGGCCAACACUCGGAUGAAACUUGUGGAUUUCAUGUGUUCAUACUGUUGUGAAGAUGUUGCAGUAAAGACAGCUAUUUGUGCCUUGGAACUGAUGAAGAUGAGAGAUGCUGCUGCUAAUCUCAGAGUAAAAAGAGCAAAAGUUUUGGAUCUUGAGCAACUUGAAGAAGCAGAUUACAGGGUGAAGUAUAGUGAACACAUACAAAACCAGUACAAAGUUAUAAAAGACAUGAACUCUCGUCUUGGUGAGAAUGUGAAUCUAAACAGCAGGUACACAAAGCUGAUUAUCGUAAAGGAACAUCGUUCCAAAAAGGAGCGAGAACAUGAAAUAAUGGACUCAGGACGCAGACAUGCAGAAAUCAUGACUAAGCGAGCUAGUUCUAUUACAAUCAACGGUUUAUUUGACCCUGAUGAGGAUGGACAAAUACCACCAAUUGUCGUGCUGCAGGGAGCUGCAGGGAUUGGGAAAACAAUGACAGCAAAAAAGAUCAUGUUUGACUGGGCAGUUGGAGAACUUUAUCAGAGCAGGUUUGAUUAUGUCUUCUACAUAAACUGUAGGGAAAUUAACUCUGGCAUUGAGCAGGGAAGUGUUGCUGAUUUGAUUUUAAAGAAUUGUCCUGAUCAAAAUGCACCAGUUGAUAAGAUUUUGAGGAAUCCAGAGAAACUCCUGUUCAUAAUUGAUGGUUUUGAUGAACUGAGAUUUUCAUUUGCACAGUCAGAAAGUAAUCUGUGCUCUGAUCCCUUUAAGAAGCAGCCAGCAGCAAUCAUCCUGAGCAGUUUAUUUAGGAAAAAAGUUCUUUCCAAAUCCUACUUAAUAGUCACGACAAGACCAACAGCUCUGGAGGAACUGCAGCAGUAUUUGCAAGGUGAACGGUAUGCAGACAUACUGGGAUUUACCGAAGCUGAGAGGGAGGAAUAUUUCUACAAGUUCUUCAAGAAUGAAGAAAAAGCAAGAAAAGCCUUUAAUUUUGUAAAAGACAAUGAAAUGCUCUUCACCAUGUGCUUUGUUCCCAUUGUGUGUUGGAUCAUCUGCACGGUUCUGAAUCAACAGAUGGAAGAAGGUAAAGAUCUUGCACAAAAUUCAGAAACAAUCACUGGUAUGUACAUGCUCUAUCUUUUCAGCUUAUUAAAGGGUCACAGCAGCAAUUCAAAGCAACAGAUACAAGUUAACUGGAAGGGACUUUGCUCUUUGGCUGCAGAUGGAAUCUGGAGGCAGAAAAUACUGUUUGAGGAAGAAGAAAUCAAGAAGCACGGCUUAGAUAUGUCUGAUUCUCUCUUUCUGAAUGAAAAUGUUUUUCUAAAAUAUAAUGACACUGAGUGUGUUUACAGCUUCAUUCACUUGAGUCUUCAAGAGUUUUUUGCAGCUUUAUUUUAUGUGUUGGAGAAAGAAGAUACGAUGGUGGAAGAGUCAGAAACUGCUGUGAACAAUGUGCAAAAAUUGUUAGAAAACUAUGGAAAAUCUAGAAAUUAUUUAACGUUAACAGUGCGAUUCCUGUUUGGUCUCUUAAAUACAGAGGCAAUGGAGGCCAUCAACAAAAAGAUUAAAUGCAAAAUUUCAUCCAAAAUAAAACCAGAUUUACUAAAAUGGAUUAAAAACAAACUGAAAAUAUCAUCCUUGUCUUGGAAAUCUGAUGAGGAGUUAUCACCCUUGAAAAAUGCUGAGAUGAUUUACCUGCUUGAGGAGUUUCACUGCUUGUACGAAAUUCAAGAACAGAGUUUUGUGCAAAGCGCGCUGAAUCAUUUCACUGAGCUCAAUUUAGCUGAAUACAAUUUUAGCAAAAUGGAUCAAGUGGCUCUUUCAUUCUGUCUAAAAAACUGUUGUAAACUGGAGACACUUAAUCUAAAUCUGUGCCUCUUUGGAUUUGAAGACCCGAACAAGGAUUUCCCAAGGCCAUCCAAGCAGCAACGUCUGGAACUACAUCAGGAUGAGUCAAAUCAUUCGGAUAUUUACCUGCUCUGUCAAGCGCUGAAGGAACCAAACUGUAAAUUAAAGAAACUAAAGCUUACUAAUGGUCAUCUCACAGCCGCUUGUUACAAAGAUCUCUUUUCUGCUGUCAGAACCAAACAGACUCUGACUGUGUUGGACCUGUCAAUGAACAAUCUGGGAGAGCUGGAAGCGAGGCUGCUGUGUGAGGGACUGAAAGGUUCAUGUUGCAAACUGCAGAGACUGGUGCUUUCUCAAUGUUAUCUCACAGCUGCUUGUUGUGGGGACUUGUCCUCUGUUCUCAGUACCAAACCAUCCCUGACUGAGCUGGACCUCACACAGAACAAACUGGAAGAUUCAGGAAUGAAGCUGCUGUGUGUAGGACUGACCCAUCUGAACUGCAAACUGCAGAAACUGGGGCUGAUGAAUUGUGGUCUGACAGCCAGUUCCUGUGGGGACCUUGCCUCUGUUCUCAGUGUCAAACCGACCCUGACUGAAUUGGAUCUUGCACUGAACAAUCUGGGAGAGGCAGAGGGAAUGAAGCAUCUGUGUGAGGGGCUGAAACAUCCCGACUGCAAACUGCAGAAACUCCGGUUGAUGGGUUGCCAACUCACAGUCACUUGUUGCCGGGAUCUCUCCUCUAUUUUCAGUAUCAACCAGACUCUAACCGAGUUGGAGCUGCGGGGGAACCUCCUUAGAGACUCAGGAGUGCAGCUGCUGUGUGAGGGACUGAAGCAUCCAAACUGCAAAUUGCAGAAAUUGGGGCUGAAGAAUUUCCUUCUCACAGGGGCUUGCUGUGAGGAUCUCGCUGCUGUUCUCAGCAUCAGUGGGAGCCUGAUAGAGCUGGAGCUGGGUAUUGAUCAUCUGGGAGAUUCCGGAGUGCAGCUGCUGUGCGAGGGACUGAAACACCCUGACUGCAAACUGCAGAGACUGGAGUUGUGGGGUUGUGUUCUGACAGCUGCUUGUUGUGGGGAUCUCUCCUCUGCUCUCAGCACCAGCCAGAACCUGGCAGUGCUGGAGCUGGGGUAUAACAAACUGCGAGAUUCAGGCGUGCAGCUGCUGUGUGAGGGACUGGAACAUACCAACUGCAAACUGCAGAAAAUAAAGUUGGAGCAUUGCAGUCUCACAGCUGCUUGUUGUGGGGCUCUGUCUUCUGUGCUCAGUAUCAGCCAGACCCUGACAGAGCUAGAUCUGAAGGAGAACAAACUGGGGGAUUCAGGAGUGCAGCUGCUGUGUGAAGGGCUGAGACAUUCCAACUGCAGACUGCACAAAAUAUGCUUGGGCUAUCAGAGUGUAGCUGAAGAAACACAGGCAGAGCUGGAUGCUAUGAAAGACACAAAACCUGACCUGGUCAUAGAGAUAUGGUAGGGCUGGUGAGUGGGAGCCACUGAACCAGCAAAGCUCUGACCUGGCUGCCCUGCCACUAGCUGAGGGAGCAGCUGGGCAGUGGGAGAACACCUGCCCCUUUUAAGAGGAACUCCUGCCAUCCACAGGAACUGCAGCAGCAUAUGUAAAUAUC